UCCGUGCGACUUCACAAGUAGAGCCGCCGGAGAGGAAAAAAAAGUGGCGUUGCAGGAUAAACAAACGAGGAGAGGCAGUCGGGACGGAGCUGGAGAGUCAGAGCUCCUUGUAUCCUGUCAUUUUGUAGAAAUACCUCCGACAAUGCAGUCUUCCAAGAGGAGUGAGAGUGACUGGCAGGGGCUCGUCAGCGAGUUCUUGGUGUGCAAGCGCAAGCUGGAGAGUAAGAAGGAGGCCCUGCUCAUUUUGUCCAAGGAGCUGGACACCUGUCAGCAGGAAAGAGACCAGUAUAAGCUGAUGGCCAACCAGCUGAGGGAGCGCCACCAAGGAUUGAAGAAAAAGUACAGGGAACUCAUUGAUGGCGACCCCUCUUUACCACCAGAGAAACGUAACCAGGUGAAUUUGGCUCAGCUGUUAAGAGACUCGAGAGAACGAGUGAAACAGCUCGCCGAGGAGGUGAAGGAGCUGAAUCAGAGACUUGUGGAGGCCCAGGGGGAUAACAAGCUCCUGAGGAUGACCAUUACGCGACAGAGGCUGGGGGAUGAGGAGGUGGGGGUUCGCCAUUUCCCUGCACAUGAGCGGGAGGAUCUAGUUCGGCAGUUGGAGAGAGCCGGGCUUCAGAUGGAGGAGAUGGAGCACAACAUGAAGGCUGUGACAGACGAGCUGCAGGAUGUGAAGGCUGAGCGCAACGUGUUCAGGGAGAAGGCCUACCGACUCAAUGUGGAGCUCAACCACGUCUUGGGAAACCGUGAGGCACGCAUUAUUGACGUCGAUGCCCUCUGCAUGGAGAACAGGUAUUUGCAUGAGCGUUUCAGCCAGCUUCAAGAGGAGGUGAACCUGCUGAAAUCUAACAUCAUGAAGUACAAGACGGCUCUUGAGAGGAGGAAAAACUCCGGCACAUAUGGGAAAUCAAACAGCAGUCCCCUCACUGGAGUCCUCUCAGCCAAACAAGUCCAGGAGAUGCUCCUGGAAGAGCAGGGCUGUAGUCUGCCAGCCACGCCUCAGUCCAUCUCCGACCUCAAGUCCCUGGCCACGGCUCUGCUGGAGACCAUCCAUGAGAAGAACCUGGUCAUCCAGCACCAGAGGCACACCAACAGGAUCCUCGGAAACAGAGUUGCAGAUUUAGAAAAGAAGCUGAAGACAUUGGAGGUUUCAGGACUGUGGAGUCUUCCAGGGACACAGGACAAUGUCUCACUGAAUGAAAACUUUCAACCGGAACUUCAUCCAACACGUGCCACAACUCACCCAAACAUGGAGCCCACGAUGCAGUCACCCAAAGUUGUGUCAGACAACAGAAAGUCACAUGAAUCAUUGUGGGAAUGCCAUACUGCUGGCAGUGACCUUGGCACAGAUGGCGUCAGCGGGGAAGACACACCUGCACUGCUGAACAGCCUGGAGCCUCUAGUGGGUAUGGAGACAAAUGGGAUUGAUAGGAGAGGGGGAGAAAUCGUGACCCUGACGGAAGAUCGAGCCACCUUCGAGCUGGAGGAUGGGCGGAGUCCUGUGGAAGAGGCAGGCCGUGAGGUCGAGGGAGUUGAAGAUGAAGAACUGGGUUCCACAGUGGAGGAAGGAGAAGAGGCGGCUCUGGCGCUGGGUGUCCCGUCCACUGAACCGGACCUGCAGUGGCUUCCAAUAAAACAAGCCUCUGCUAAUCAUACGGAGGUGGGUGAUCAGCUUUGUGAAUCCCAGGACAGUGGGUCUAAUUAUGUAUCUGAAUAUGUAGAAGCCUCAAUACCAGAGAACCAGGCCACGACGGGGUCGAGUACACUUGGCACGAACUUGGCAUGAAAGGACAUCACCGAAAGACUUGAGAAGCUUAUUUAAAUCCUUGUCCUUGUCCUUGUCAUCGUUAUUGAUGGUUGCAUUAUUCAUUCUCACAACGUAGCCACUGCUCACUAACUCGCUUUUCAGCUCUGUUUUUAGUCAAUAAAAGAGAAAAGACUUUUCCAGCCACCGUUGACAGAGCCAGAGGUGCACUUUAUAUCUAGACAGGCUUGUUGCUGUGCAGGAACAGACACUCUUGAAAUCAAUGGAGUUGCAAACUUCAUGCCCUACAGGAAAAAAUUUAGCUAGGAAAAUAACAAAUAUGGCAGCCUCAGCUCCUGUGCCCCAUAUUCCCUUCUUGCCUUCCCAUGCGAUAAGAUAAUCCCAAUUGUUUGCUUUCUUCUUCUUCCUAAGGGAUGCCAAUAAAUUGGUUGCUACAUUUUGUUGUUAGUCUCAUUGGGUGGUGCAAAUUGACUUACCAAAACUUGUAAUGAAUGUUUUGUACAUAUAUGUAAAUGAACAAUGUUAAUAUUAGAAAUUCUAUUUAUGUCUAUUCAUCUCUGUGGGUGAAUCUUACUAAUCAGUCAGCUUUUAUUUUUUCCCAUUUCCAAGUUGAUAUUCAGAAGAGACUACACAUGCCUUAAAUGUGGAAGAAUUCACUGAUAUUUAUGAAUAGAAAUGCAUAAACCGAUUCACUAUGA